AUGGAGUCCCUCUUGGUUUUUUCUAGCUUUUUAGUUGUUAUUUUUCUGGCUAUUUCACUCCAAAUUCUUUUUUUCUCACCAAUAUCUCCUGAGAUUCUUGAUAUUCCUUCUUCAUCUAAUACUUUCACCAGUGGAUUUACAUCAAAUAGCUAUUUGCAGAGAGUAAAUAAACUUGGAGAAGGAUUUCUUGAUAGACCAGAAGAUGUGGUAGUUGACAAAAUGGGAAUUUUUUAUACAGCUACUAGAGAUGGAUGGAUCAAAAGAAGGCACAAAAAUGGGACUUGGGAGAGUUGGAAGUAUAUUGGGAGGGAUUCUUUACUAGGACUUGAAAUAUCAUCUGCUGGUCAUAUUAUAGUUUGUGAUACUGAACAGGGGCUGCUUAAGGUUAAUGAAGAUGGUGCAAGUAUUCUUGCUUCACAUGUUAAUGGUGAAAAAAUAAGAUUUGCAGAUGAUGUGGUGGAAGCAUCAGAUGGGAAUGUAUAUUUCAGUAGUGCAAGUAGAAAAUUUGGACACCAUGACUGGUACCUUGAUGUUCUUGAGGCUAAACCCCAUGGCCAACUUCUUGAAUAUAAUCCUUCGUCGAACCACACAUCUGUCCUUAUCGACAACUUAGCCUUUGCAAAUGGCGUUGCGCUCUCUACAAAUCAAGAUUACUUGAUUGUUUGUGAAACGUGGAAAUAUAGGUGCCUGAAAUAUUGGUUGAAAGGGGAAAUCAAAGGACAAACAGAGAUCUUCGUUGAAAAUCUACCUGGUGCACCUGACAACAUCAAGCUUGCACCUGAUGGUUCGUUUUGGAUAGCUCUAAUAGAGUUAUCAGCUCGGGGGCGAAAUUUCGUCCACAAAUCAAGAGUUACAAAACAUUUGUUGGCAACUUUCCCCAAAUUGAUAAGUUGGGUCAAUGGAGCAUAUCACAAAGCCAUGGUAGUGAAUGUGGCAACUAAUGGGAAGAUAAUUAAAGGUUUUGAUGAUCCAAUUGGAAAGGUCAUGUCACUUGUCACAUCUGUGUUGGAGUUCGAAAAUCAUCUAUAUUUAGGAAGUCUCAAUUGCAACUUUAUUGGAAUGCUACCAUUAACAACCUCAGUUGUGUAA